GUGUUGGCAUGUAAAAUUCUUGGUAUACGAUUAAGGUAACUUACUUCUCGCGUAGUAAAAACGAACAGGUUGUUCUCCAUGGUCGGAUCGAAUUCUACAUGCAUGGCCAAGGAUCAGGAUUAGCUUCAUUCAUAACACGAUCAGAAAUGUUAAUUAUCGAUUUUAUGUGAUUGUGGUUACUGCAUAAUCAUCUAUCAGUGAAUGGCUGAGAUGAAGAUCAAGAAUGAAGUACCACUAGGUUGUUUGAUGGCUUGAUCUUGAUCUGACCACUCGAUAUCUCAUUUUCGUGGCUUUUCCCUCUGGCUCUGGCUCUGGCUCUGCACUGCUGAGCCUGUGUGAGCCUGGGUGGGGAACCGAGCCGAUCCGCCGAGGGGUACGUUACGUCGGGGGUCCACGGUGGUGCUGAGCUGUGCAGUGCAGUGGAAUUCCAUUCUAUCCCAAGACGCAAGACACGUCUCAUUUGGAGUUGGAUGUCUAUAGUUCUUCAUGAUAAACAGUUGUAGGGGAGCACAGAGUUGGGGCAGUUCGGAUCCCGUUAGAUCUUCAUAUUCUGAAUUUCAAGAUUGAUCAUGAUUUAGACUAGAUUUGCGGUCACAGAUUAGCUGUCCUUUGCCACCAUGCAUCCUGGAAGAUUACCACCUCUUAAACAGCACCACCACAACCACCAUCAGGACCCAAUACUAGCACCAUCUGUAAAUCUAGAUGAUCUGCACAAAGAAGACAAUAUGGAAUCUGAAGAUGAAAUGCCCUCUUUAGGGGCUAACCAUCAUAAAAUGUCUUCCUUCCAUGCCAAAGGAAUCAACCAAAGUGAUAUGAAGAUGGGAUCACAAUAUCCUCCGUCUCGUGCCGUGAGCACGUUGACGAUGAUCCAGCCAAACAGGGUCGGUGCGGCCGGUACGCAGGUGGUGGUGAAGAAAGAACAUGCAAUCGUCCUACGGAAGUACAAGAAAAGAAGAGGGUCUAAUGCAAGUUCUCUCAACAUGUUACAAGGAGGAGAUACUGAUCAACCAUGGAUUCGAGAGAAUAUUCUGAUGAGAGAGUGUACCCGCUUCACACCGGCUCCUCCUGAUGAUAAAGACAAAAAGAGACAUGAAGAUCCCAAGUGUCAGUGUAAAAAGAGGAGGAAGAAACAUGAAGAUAGAUUUUUACAGAACCCAGACCCAAAAGCCAAAUGGAAAGUAGAAACCCAUACCCAUACUCUUGCCACAAAUGCCUACGGGGAGAUAGAGUUCAUUGGGGCUGUUGGAGGGGUUGUUGGCCAGAAAGCAAGGAAGUUCAUAAGAGUGGAUUAUGAUACUGCUCCUUCUAAGCUUCUCUCCCUCUUUCAAGACGUUUGGAAGCUUCCCAAACCUAAACUUCUCAUCUCAGUUACUGGAGGAGCACAGAACUUUCCCCUCAAUCACAGACUCAAAGAUGUCUUCCGUAAAGGCCUCAUCAAAGCUGCUACCAGCACAAGUGCCUGGAUCAUUACUGGAGGAACCCAUGCUGGUGUGAUGAAGUAUGUAGGGGAUGCUGUCAGGGACCACACCCUUGCUAAUGGGCGGAGCAACGUAGUUGCUAUCGGGAUAGCAUCAUGGGGGGUGAUAAGAAACAGAGAAAAACUCAUAGAUGAUAACGGCAAGUUUCCAGCUUCCUACAACAUGGAUGCCAAGAAGGGUAAUACAAUGAAUGUUCCUAUAGAUCCGAACCACACCCACUUCAUUCUCGUAGACAAUGGGACAAUAGACUCGUUUGGAGUGGAAAUCACGCUCAGGGGCAAGUUAGAGAAGGCAAUCUCAGAGGAACAAAUACAAAAAUCUUCGGGGAAUGAUAGUACAGCCGUGUCUAUCCCGAUCGUAUGUGUGGUCGUGCAAGGCGGACCUAACACAAUCCAGACAGCUUAUGAAGCCAUCAGGAAUGGAACUCCUGUUGUCAUCGUUGCAGGAUCAGGGAGGGCUGCAGAUAUCAUGUCCUAUGCAUUCCAACAUACCAAAGAAUACAAAACUACAGAAGGAAAGAAAGAAAUAGUGAGGAAUGUAAUGUCAGAGACAGUCAAAGUUGAAGUUGCCAAUAUGAUCCAGAAAGAGUUUGGUGAGAAGCAAUUGGACCUUCACCUCACUCGUAUUGAGGCCUGCAUCCAGCAUAAGCAUCUGAUCACUGUCUAUGAGCUAGGGGCUAGUGCCACCAUGGAUAUUGACGGUGCUAUUCUUCAUGCUCUUCUUAAAGCUAACAAGGGAAGGAUCCAAGACCAGCUGAGGCUAGCUCUGAUCUGGAACCGUGUGGACGUUGCCAAACGAGAGAUCUUCACUGAUGAUAGGGAGUGGGGGAAAGGACAACUGAAUGAAUCCUUGCACUAUGCCUUGGUGAAUAAUCAGGUUAAUUUCAUUGAACUCUUCUUAGAGCAAGGGGUCAAUCUGAAGGAAUACUUGACCAUCAAGGAAAUGACCAUUCUUUACAAUGAGAUUCGGUCAAAUUCACUUCUUUACGAACAGUUGGAGAAAUACAGAGGAAAGUACUCCAAUAUCAAGUUUAAUCUUGAGCACGUUGGCAAGGUUAUCAGAGAUCUGAUGUUCGACACUUACCAGCCGCUCUACCUGCGAGAUCCAGGGGUAUACGUCCUAUCGGAAGAUGACAUCAGGCAGGACAAGUCCAAACGAAAUGAAGCAUUUGAAGACACCAGUGAUGACGGUUCGUCAACCGAUGAAGAAGAUGACGAGAACGACACCGGUGCCACUCCCAGGGUCGAUCCAUUCUCUGUGGAAGAAGGGCUAGCCAGUUUUGGAAAUGCCAUGAUGCCAGCAAGUUUAGCCGGGUGUCGACGCUCAGUCCUUGCGCGUGUUGGAAAUGUGACAAACCCUUUAAAAGACAUGAAUAAGAAUAUGCAAACCAACCAGUUUGAGUAUCCUCUCCGCGAACUUUUCAUCUAUGCCAUCCUGCAGAAUUGGCAUGAUAUGGCCAAGCUGUUCUGGGAGGAAGGCAGGGAAUCCAUAGCUUCCGCACUAGCAGCAAGCAAGAUGCUGAAGGGAAUGGCCGACAAGGAAGACGACUCGGACCAGAUUGAUAACAUGGUAGCACACGCAGAAACCUAUGAAGAGUUAGCCAUAGGUGUUCUGAAUGAGUGCUAUGUGGAGGAUGAAGAACGUUCAGCCUUGCUUCUCGUCUGUGAGCUUCCAUUCUGGGGUAAUUCUACCUGCCUUAAUUUGGCUGUGGAGGCAUUGGACAAGAACUUCAUUGCACACUCGGGAGUACAGAAUCUUCUCACUCAAAUCUGGAUGGGUAAAAUCUCAGAUGAAACACGUCCAUUUCAGCUAUGGAUGUGUACCUUGUUCCCGCCAUUGAUAUAUUUUUUGGUGAAGUUCCGUGAAGAUGAGGGUGAUGAAGAACAAGCAGAGCUUGAGAAGAUACUAAGCAAGAAGAAGGAGAAGCUGGCUGUUAAAUCAGUUGAUGAUGUAUUUGUACCUGAAGGUGAUCCAAGGAAUAAGAGUAUGGAGAUGGGAGUUGUUGUCCAACCUCCUUCUGAGAGCGGUGACAGUGGAAUGGCAAGCCAGACCAGGUUACUUGAGAACAAGAACGGCCAUGCUGCCAAGCCUAAAUCAGAGGAGGAAAAAGAUGAAGAUACAUUCAGCCUUAUGAAUGCUCGUCUUGACAUCAGAGACAGUGGCAAAGAACUAUCAUGGUGGCAAAGAUUCAAGUUCUUCUACGAUGCACCCAUGAUCACUUUCAGACAUAAUGUAUUGUCCUACAUUGUCUUCUUGGUGCUGUACAGCUAUGUCAUCCUUGGCAAAUUUGAGAAGGAAGUCUUUGAGUAUGUCCUCAUCGUCUGGGUUAUUUCUUUAUUCACUGAGGAGUUUAGACAGAUUGCUCAAGGUGAAAGCAGCACUUGGAAGAGCCGUCUCAUUGCAUGGAUCACUGACUACUGGAACUUACUUGACCUUGCGACCUUGACAUCCUUUGCAGUUGGGGAGAUUUUACGGUUUAGUGGCUUCUCUGAAGCAGGUCAUGUUGUUCUUUCGUUGAACCUCAUCCUCUUCUGUAUUCGACUGCUUCAUAUCUUUUCCAUCAGCAAGCAACUGGGACCAAAACUUAUCAUGAUCCAAAGGAUGAUGGUUGAUUUGAUGUUCUUCAUCGCCAUCUUAGCUGUGUUUCUCAUCGGUUACGGGAUCGCAUCCCAGGCUAUUCUCUUCCCUGAUGAGACCAAUGUCAGUGUUAUCAUGAGAGGAAUACUCAUGAGGUCAUACUUUCAGAUCUUUGGAGAACUCUUCCUGGAGGUCAUUGAAGGAUCUGACUGCACAGACAAUGCAACCUUGGUUGAUGGUGUGGACUUCAAUCCAUGUCCUCAACAUUCUUGGAUUGGUAUCAUUCUGUUAGCUGGUUAUAUGAUGAUCAGUAAUGUCCUACUCCUUAAUCUACUCAUUGCCAUGUUCAGUUAUACUUUCUCGGCCAUCCAAGACAACACCGACACCUUCUGGAAGUUUCAGCGCUACGACCUAAUCAAGGAAUACUUCAACCGUCCCCCUCUCAUACCGCCCUUCAUCAUCAUCUCUCAUUUAUUCUAUACGAUACGCUUUAUCCUUCGAUGCUGCUGCCAUACAUGCACCAGUUGGCAGAUACCCGAGCUCAAGCAAUCAUUGACGGAUCAAGAAAAGAAGACUCUUGUUCUGUGGGAAGGCAUCAAUUCAGAUAACUACACAGCUAAGCAAAGAGUAUUGGUUCAACAGGAUCUCAAUGAAAGGGUCAAAGUAGCUGGUGAUAGAGUUGAAGACAUGACAAUGAAACUAGACCAGGUCUUUGAUGCUGAGACUCAAAAGGGUAAAUCAGGACAUCUUGGAGGAAAAGCCUUUGAAGAUAGACUAACCAGACUUGAAGACAGAAUGGAACGUACCAAUGAUGCCCUUGAUUGGAUCAUCGGUGCCCUUUCACGUGGUGGUAACGUGGAGGGCAAAUUGGCACCACCAAAACUCAAAGAGAUUAAAAGCAGAGAAGAAUCCCUAGACAUUGCUGAGGAAGAACGUAGAUUUGAAGUGCCCGUCUCCAUCGAAGCUCUAGGAAUCAUGAUCCAUAAAAAGUCUCGAGCCAGUCCAUACCCUGGGACCGCUCUUAGAAGAUUUCCUGUCCCAGAUAACAAAGUACCUUGGGAAACGGAUUUUCCACUCUACACACCUGUAAUAUACACUCAUAAGAGUGUGAAGGAAGGACCACAUUGGGCAGACAUUGACCUGAUGAGUAUGGUCAAGAAUGCACGUCCACCACUUCUAUACAAUCAGAUGGAUGAGAAAUGUAAAUACAACCGAAGGAGUCACAUGAAAGCUUACCAAAUCAAAGAUGGGCUUCCACUAAAUCCCAAAGGACGUACAGGACUCUCUGGUAGGGGUCUCCUGGGAAGAUGGGGUCCUAACCAUGCAGCUGACCCAAUAGCAACAAGAUGGAAGAGGAAGCCAGAUGGAACCAUCUUGAUGGAUGAAGAGAAACCAGUCUUAGAAUUUAUUGCAAUACAGAGAGUAGAUAACCAGCAGUGGGCUAUACCAGGGGGUAUGGUAGAGCCUGGUCAUCUGGUCAGUGAGACGCUGAAGAGAGAAUUUGGAGAAGAGGCUUUAGGUGCUCUCAACAAGACAGAAGAAGAGGCUGCUGUCAUCAGAGAACAUGUUGAGAAACUCUUCUCAAACGGGGUUGAGGUAUACAAGGGUUAUGUGGAUGAUCCAAGGAACACAGAUAAUGCUUGGAUGGAAACGGUUGCUAUGAACUUCCAUGAUGAAGACGGCUCUGCCUUCGGGUCUUUCAAUCUUGAGGCCAGUGAUGAUGCUCAGAGUGUAAGGUGGCAACGAGUUAGCUCUAAGAUCCCUCUCUUCGCCAGUCACACAGCCAUGUUAAGGAAGGUCGCGGAAUUACAUAAUGCUGCAUUCUAAACGAUAAUAUCGGGUAAUAUCUUUCAGCAAGGUGCCUUUAAGUUUGUUCCUGAUCCAAUCUUUUUGUCUGAAUAAACUUUGAAUUUUGAUCGACUGGAUUUUAGAAUGAAACCUAUGAAUUAUGACUACUUGAGGGAGAAUUAUAUGACUUCAUAGGCAAGCGGUCUUUUUUUUACACUUCCUAUUGAUCUCACAAUCAGUUCAAAAUCACCAGGGUGUUUUUCAUACCAAUUGGCAAAUUUCUUAUUUCUAGACACAUUUUCAUUGACCUCCUUAUGUUCCUGAUACCUAACUUUCAAUUUAACAUUAACUUCCAAGGUAAACACAUUAAUACAUUUCUAAAAGUUACAAUAAAAUGGAGGUUGCAACUCGGUAAGCAGAGCUUGUGAUUAGUGCACCGUGACAUAGAGACAAUAAAGACAUAAUACAAAUACAAAGUACAAAAUGCAGCAGUGAAUCAAAUUGAUUACGUAGCCAAUUUGAAUGAAAAAGUUGAUGGAAAAACAUCAAAUGAUUUACAUAAUGAGAAAACAUUCAAGGGAAAUGAUAUGUGACAUUUAUAGAUGGGUGAUCUACGUAGAUAAGUGGUCUAUUAAGACCUUGCCAGCUCCUGAUGCCCAUUGGUACAGUCUGGUUUGAAUGACUUUUCAACAUGUUACAGGUUAUGAAGUGUAGAAUAUGAAAUACCAAUUGUAGAAAUACUUAAAUAUAUUUUUGUAGGACAUGAUUGCUCAGUAUAUUCUAAGUAGAAAUAAUAAGUUGGGAGAGAUGUGCAAUUUCUUUCAUAGACUGACUAAAUCAUAGUACUUGCCUUAGCUAGUACCAAAUCAAGAUUGUUUGAUGUUGUGUAUAGAUCUAUAAUGUGUUUUAAACUGAUUUGCUUUGAUAAUCAAAUGUUAUUUAAAAGAGAAAGUGCAUGUGUCACCAUGUUGGCUUUUUUAAGCAGGAAAAAUGAGAGAAAUAUAUUAAAGGGCAAAUCCAUCCUAACUCAAAGUUGUUUUCAAUGAAUAAAAAAAUAAUAAUGAUAAACAAGCAUAUUGCUGAAAAUUUCUUUCAAAUUUGAUUUAAAAUGAGAAAGUAUUAAAGGAAAAUUCAAAUUUUUGCUUAUUUUUCAUAAAACAGUUAUUAGUACAUUACAGAGAUAUUCAAAUGAGGCACUCACUAUAUCUUUUGUAUUUUUAUUAUAUGAAUUAUACAAUAUUUCAGUGUUUGCAAGUUUGACAAUAAAUGGACUCUUCAUCAGUUCACAAUAGAUAACCAAAAUGUUCAGGUUCUUUGAUAGAUAUUCGCUAAAUCAUUAAUAUCUUUUUGUAAUUUUUCUGAUUUUAUCGAACCAAUUUAAGGGUGGACUUAUUCUUUAAACAAAAUUAUAUGACUGGAUAUUUAUCAUACACUAAUGCUUUGACAUAUAGAAGAAUAUUCACUUUUUGUGUUUUAUUUUUUAAAUAAAUUAAUAUCUGUGUGAAUAUGGUGUGAUGUUCAUUAUACUAUAUUGAUAUUCAUUAUACUAUAUGUUGAUUUGAAUAAUAAUAUUUAAAUCUAACAUGUAGAUUUAUUUUUAAAUACCUUUUAGGGCCUUUGAAAUAUCACAGCAGUGCCCAAGUGUGCCAUACACUGCAUGCUUAUAAUAAGCAUUUAUUUUGUGUGUUUUUUUUUGCAGACUUUUUAAGAGGAUUAUGACUCAUAGAUUAUUGCUUUGAUUGUAUUGUCCUAGGCAGGAAACAGGAACAGCCAAUAAUGAGUAUUGUAUGGGUAGCUGAUACCUGAUCAGUGCAGUCAGUUUUUCCUGGUACCAUUGUACUUGUCACCUAGGGAUGUAUCUAUUAUCCCCCAUCCUCAACACUGAACAACAAAAAUACUUCACACAAAUAUUUUACAAAUGGGGAAAGUAAAAAUGAUAUGUUCACAUUUGUUUUGCACAGUAUGAAGGUGCAGAUUAACAGCACAUUAUUUGAUUAUAAACACUAGUAUUUAUUUCAUUAAUUAGACAGACAAAAUCACUAGUAAGACAGGAUUAAUGAAGAUUCAACCAGACCAGACAGGGAGAUACUAUUUAUUCAUUCUUUAGAUAUAUUCACAAUCAAAAUUGACAUAUAUAACAAAAGAUAUGCAAUUUGUGUUACAUUUUACUUAAUCCUCACAUACCUCAUCUUAAAUUUGUUUUUACAUGUAUAUAUUGCCAAUAUACUCCUUUCUUUUGUAAGAAAAUUUACCUGUAUUUUUAUGUUUUCUCUCCAUUCAGUAAUAAUGCACUAGUUUAAUGGAUGCACUCAGUGGGUAAAUGUGACACAUUACUAUUUGACAAGACAUAUCAAAAUCAAUCACAAACAUGUUCAUCACAUCGAUCUCAGUGAGCUUUACAAUAAAAUAUUUAUACAAAAUUGUAAUUGUAAUAUGUAUAUAGAGCCAACAGGUGGUGAGCUGCAUAAUAUUUUUUUCUUCAAAUUUAUCAUGAAUUAUUAUGUCAUUAAAUAUCGAUCAUGUAGAUAUCUUCCAUUGACUGUAUGUAGAGGCUGAAAUACAUAUUAUUAUUGUGUUCACACCUAUUGUUUGAGAUUAAAUUGACACCUAAAGAAACACAUUUAUACUAAUUUUGAAUGUAUAUGAGAAUCUGGAACAGAAUAUAUACACAAUAAAUGAAGUUUCUGAGGAUUUGCUUGAUGAAUUUUUGCAUAAAUUAGCAUUUCUUUUAAAGGAUAGAAUGGACCAAUUGUGGCUUUGAAUUUAAGUGGUACCUUUGUACCGCAUAUACUGGAAAAUACACUGAGUUGUUUCUGCAGUCAAGUUUCCAGGAGCCUGUUUCAUAAAGGACUUGCAACUGUUGUAACUUUGCCAUAAAUGCAACUACCAGGGUAACAGGGCUCAGCAGCCAAUCAGAAUCAAGGAUACCGUGGUAGUUGCCAUAAUGGCAAAGUUACAACAGUUGUAAAUUUUUUUAUGAAACGGGCCCAGGUCUAUCUUGUACUAUACAAGUGAUAUCAUAUAUGCUUGAAUUGUGAAAAUUAGCCUUUAAGCAGAUUUUAUUCUACAUCAAUAUCUUUGCCUUUUCACUAUCAUUAGUUAUAAAAUAAAGUUAUGUUAGCUAUAGUGUGCUUUAUAGAUGUACAUGUAUGUUAAUAUUUAUCUUUAUUGUACGUCUAUGCAUUACUAUGUUUGGAUAGUAAAAUGACUGUAUAGAUCACGGUCUGCCUUAGCUAUGGCAUCAUUUCCUCAGAUCAACCCUGCAAUUUUAUUAAGUAGCUUUAAACAUUUCCCUUAAAAUCAUUUAUUAGAUGAGAUUCUUCAACUCCAAUUUAAUUUUAUGCAAAUAUUAAUGUUUUACCAGAUUGAUUCUUUUUUUUGUCUAUUGUUCUGAAAUAUGUGAUAUAACUUGCAGAUAUCAUAUUAUAUUUAUUUUAACACAGGUUUAUGUAAAUACAAAUAUGGUGUAAGUUUGUUUGGUCGUGUUUUUUUGGAUUUCAUAUAAGAAAUAGUAGAAUUUAAAUGUUCAUGUCAAUAUACUGUAUGAAAGAAUACUGCAAGAGAUAUUGAAAAACUGAUGAUAGUGCUACUCAGUAAUUUUUCAAAGAUUUCAGAAAGAGUUAUGAGUUUAUGAUCCCUCUUAUUUCUUACAAUGACAAAUCUGAUGAAUAUGAAUCUUUAUAACUUACGAGACUGAUAAAUGUAGAUUCUGUAUUUUACUACUAAUGUGUGACUAUCAUUAAUCAUGCAAGUUUAAAUAAAAUAUGUUUCAUUUAAAGAAGAAUUUAUAAAACAGAAGAUUAGUUGAACUAUUAUGAAUAUCAAAAAAUAUUUGUGUUUAUGUCAUCAUAAGGCUGGUACACAUUUUUACCUGCUAUGAUUGAUACUACUGUUAAUCAGUUGAUAAUGUGAAGUUACUUUGAUGACCAUGUUGUUGGUCAUACAGGGAAAUGAGAGAAAAUUAGAUAUUUUUCUUUUCUGAUUACCAAUGAUGCAUCAAAAGAAUAUUACAGUAUCUUUGUAAUCAUGAUUAUUCUGAAAAGAAAUUUGUUGUGUGAUGAAGUUUUACCAAUUAGAAUCAUGAUAUUAUCAUAGAAGAAUAGCGUGUAAGAUUGAAAUAGAAUUUGAAUGAAAAUAAUCCCUUUUGAAAAACAGUGUGUUGUUAACAAAAGCAGAAAACAAAAAUAUGUCAGUGAAUUGAAAAAAAAUAGAAAUUCAAACCUCCAAAUUGAUAUGAAUCAUUUAUGAAAAUGCGAUAUUCUCAAGAAUCUUGCUAUGAUCAAGAUGCUAUAAUGCAGUCGUUGCCUGAUGUUGAGCGUCUUUAUGUCUCUUGGGAAAAUAUGACAUCUGUAUUGCAAGUCAACUAAUUUUGCUGAAUUUAUUACACAUAUUAUAUUACAAGCAGGAUGGGGAUCUUCCAAGAUGUGUGAAAAUCAAAUGUGUCCAUGUGUUAUAUUUUCCCAAAGAAAAAUAUUUUACAGACAUGAUUUUUGUUUUUGACAUCGUGACAUUUUUAAAAGAUAAUUUCUUGUCCAUGUAUUUCUAACUUUCCAUGUUUAACCGAUAUCUGCUCCUGUGAAAUAGCAUCCGAUUUAGGGUUUAAUUUAUUCUUCCUCAGUAGAAAACCAUGCAGAUACAGAUAUUACAAGAGUAUCCUAUAUUUACAGUACUCAAUGGACCUACAAGUGAAGGGAAAUGAUGUAGAAUAUUUGUUUCUUGUUAUAGACAAAAAGAGACAUUAUACAUUUUUAUAUUGUAAGCAAUUAAUAAUAGAAAUUAGUAAAGAUGAGAUAAGGUAUUUUUUUAAUAUAUAUUGUACAUGUACAAUUUAUACUUAUCAAUGUUAUAGAGAUAUUAGUAAACAUUAGUUUUUUUUUAGUGUGUGGUAUUAUCAAUUCCUUUAUGGAAAGUCUUUCAGAAGCAAACCCCUAUGGAUUGACAAAGUGCAUAAGAAAAUGUAAAUACCUUAAAUCAGUACAAUCAUGGUUUGAUUUUCAGAUUGAAUUUUAUUAAAAAGGAAUUGUUUUUGUAUACUGAGAUCAUGGUUAAUCCAUCCAAUUUAUAGAAGAUUUAGCCUUAGCAUCAAGUGCAUUAAUUGAGUCUUUCGCUAAGCAAUCAAAUCUUGAUGUGCAAAUGAAGCUGCUGUAUCCAUUCAGUGCUUAUUUGAUUUACACUGUAUCAUGUUUUGAAAUUUUUUCCUCAUAAUUAUGAAUAGAAUCAUACACAACCUGGUAUUUUUAUUUGCCAAUUUUGUUCCACUCACGUAAUUCUAAUUUCCUUAUGCUGGAGAAAUAUGUAUAUGUAUUAAUUGUACUAUUUUAUUCAUUCCUGCAUAUAAGAGAAUACUUUCAAUAGAAUAUGUUCAUAGUAGAAAUUUUAUUUUUGUUUUUUCACCCUAGAAACCUGCUGAAAAUUGUAACAAACAGUCAUGUUUAUACCUGUAAUAUCAUAAUUUUCUAUUGAAUUACAGUGAAUUUUGUAAACAAGUGUGUAUGUAAAUUAAAAUUAUUAAAACAAAGGUUUUGCUAUUUGAA